AUGCUACGGAACAAGGAGAAAGAAGAGUUUGUCAAGUUCGUCAACGAUUUAAUGAGCGGAAAAUUCGCAAGUACCCCUGUGAACGAUGGAGAACAAUUCCUGCAACUUAUCCAACAGAAAGCGCCCUCUAUCUACGCGAAAGGGCUUGCCAUGCAUAAAGCUUUCAUGGAAAAAGUGAGCGGUCUCAAUGACGAAGCAAAGAGAUUUGUAGAAAAGUGGAUGAAAAAGUGGGCCGAAAUGGUGAAAUCUUUGAACAAGGGCAAUGCUUUCCAAGCCACAUACAAUUUCAACAAGGAGUUCUUCACUGAUGCAAAGAAUCUCUCUACCGAAGCCAAGGAUAGUCUCAAGAAGCAAUUCCCCGAAUGUGCAAAGGCAUGGGCAGAACGUCCUGAACUAACCAAGUUUGCCGAGUUCAUGAUUAAUGCACCCAAUAGCACGGAUUUCAAGAAGAGUAGACUCGCCUUUGCUCCUUUCGAUUAUCUCCAGCAAGGUGGACACUAG